GCUCCUCCUCCUCCACUUCCUCUUCUUCACCCUCUUCUCUAUCCUCACCAUGUCCGCCGAGGAACCACCUAAAAAGCAACUCAGCAGUACCGGCGGCUUCAUUGCCGGCGCGCUGGCGGCCUGUGGUGCCGUUACUGUCACGAAUCCGAUUGAAAUCGUAAAGACUCGAAUGCAGUUGCAGGGUGAAUUGGCGUCAAAAGGACAGGCGAAGAAGGUCUACACCGGGCUCUUUCAGGCGCUUCGUGUUAUUCUCAAGAACGAGGGAGUGCGGGGUUGGCAGCGCGGUCUCGGAUGUGCUUACGUCUAUCAAAUCGGACUGAACGGUUGUCGUCUGGGAUUCUACGAGCCCAUCCGACAGGCGACCGCCAAACUGUUCCUCGGCGACCCUUCCGACUCGACCCUGGCCAUCAACGUGUUUUCCGGAGCCACCAGUGGUAUCAUGGGAGCCAUCGCCGGUUCGCCCUUCUUCCUCGUCAAGACUAGAAUGCAGUCAUAUUCCCCCGUCCUGCAAGUCGGCACGCAGACGCACUACACCUCCCUCUUCCACGGCCUGUCUACAAUCUACAAAUCCGAAGGCUUCUCCGGUCUCUACCGCGGCUGCGGUUCCGCCGUCAUGCGCACCGGCGCGGGUUCCUCCGUCCAGCUCCCGAUCUACAACUGGUGCAAGCGCACGCUCGACAAGUACAACGUCGCCCAGGGCACUUCGCAGCACCUGCUCUCCAGCGCCGUCAGCGGUUUCGGGGUGUGUAUCGUCAUGAACCCGUGGGACGUCAUCAUGACGCGGAUGUACAACCAGCGCGGGAACUUGUACUCCGGUCCGUUUGACUGCUUCUUCAAGACGGUCAAGAUCGAGGGUCCGAUGGCGCUUUAUAAGGGAUUCUUUGCUCAUCUUAUGAGAAUCGGACCGCAUACAAUCAUCACUUUGACGCUCAUGGAGUCGACUAGAAAACUUAUGAUGUGGGUCGAGGGUGUCCCAUUUUGAUUUCUGAUAGAGUUAGUAUAGUUAGUUAUAGUUAGUUAUAAAGGUGUUUGGUAAAUGCAAGGAUGGUGGAUAUUGCAUUCUUUCUUUCUUGAUGUUUUUCUUAAUGUUUGGUAGUUUGUACAUUAUUUUAAUAAACUGUUUGUUGCAUCAUAGAUA